AUGAAGAGCUUGAGUGCUAUAGUACUCCUUGUUUUCUUAGCCGUGUGUGCUCACGAGGCACACUCGUGGCCAUGGUGGAAACGAAUUCCGCCAGGGCCGCCGUCUCCUCCUGUUGACUCGGUCUCGGCACCGGCCCCGAAUGGAUCGGACUCCCCACCGGAGCCGCCGAUAGCGGAUGAAAUCGCAAAAUGUCAGGCUGCUCGCAGCUUUAGCAAGUGGAAGCCAUGCGUGGAUGAGAUUGUACAAGAAAAAAGAAGUGGAAAUUUCACUUUAGGGCCAGCUUGUUGCAGCUACGUGGUCGGUGUCGUAGACAGUUGCUACAGCCACUUUCCGCCACAAUUUAAGGAUCAGAUCUACCCUCCGAGGGUUAGGGCAGUUUGCUCUCAGUACCAUUAA